AUGCGCCACUCGUACGCCUCUGCCCUACUUCUCGCGGGCCAGUCUCUCGCGGCGCCCGUAGACAGCGUCAACGAGGCUCCCGCAGGCCAGAACACGCCAGCCGGCGUCCUACAGCUGCCUCUGGUCCCCGUUACCCCUGAUCCGCAAGACGCCAGCCUGUCAAAGCGCCAGGCCCAGGGAGACUUGAAUAUGUACCGCUUUCUCGGCCUCCGGCCGGUAGUAGGCUUCGGCAUGCCCCUUGAGAUUGGCACGCCGGCGCAGACCGUCAUUGUGGAACCAGACACCGGGUCCGACUUAUUCUGGGUGCCCCAGGUGCGCGCCGGCAAGGUCAGGGAGGAGCCUGCUUCGGUCUACUUCGACAAGUACCGCAGCACCAGCAGACGCGAGCUCAAUAAGCAAAACCUCUCGCGAUACGGCGGGAAUGAAAUUAUCGUCUGGAACAUGAGUGCGGACGUGGUAUCCAUGAGAGGCCAGUCGCUGGGCGAAAUGCAGUUUGGGGUCGCCAACCUGCAAGGACCUACUAAAAUAGGACGCGUCGUCGGCAUCCUCGGACUGAGAGAGCCCAUUCCCAAGAACCCGUACGCCAGCGAGUUUAUCCUGAAGAAGAUGCUAGAUAGCAAGGUGAUUUCCGAUGCUGCCUUUAGCAUGAGUGUGGAUGAGAACGGCAAGGGAGCUAUUACCUUUGGCGGCUACGAUACCAAAAAGUUCGCCGGCCCGCUUGAGAAGUUCCCGUUUGCUUCUCAGACAUCAAAUAAACUCUGUCUCGGGGAGACGGGCCGGGAGACUAACCCUUCGUACGUUCGCAGCUACGUCGUCAACAUGAAGUCAAUCUCGGUGUCUGACAGCACCCAUGCCAGCCAUGUCAUUCCGGACCAAGGCCUGACCAUAGGACUCGACACGGGGUCCCCGGCCAUCGCGAUGAAGAAGGCCAUCUAUGACGAGGUUGGGAGGGCAUUGGGAGCCACAAUUCCAGAGGGCAGCUCCGUGCCGGUAAUUAACUGCACCUUGAUGCAGGACGCCCGCAUCACGCUGGCCAUGAACGACAAGGUGUCCAUCAGCAUCCCAGUCAAGGACUUUGAGAUGGACGUUCCGAAGCUCAAGACGGGAGGCAACUGCCCGGUGGCGAUCAUUUCGAGAGACUUACCUGCUGGUAAGGCAAGCCACGAAGAACCUUACUUGUACCUGGACUAA